CAAACUAAAUUGACAUAUAGAGACCAUUUGCAAAUACUUUGACCACUUUGUUGGGAUCUUUUAUCAAGUAGAUCCUUAUUGUUUUUAAUAAUUAAGCAUAAAAUUAUUCUACAUAAUGUCUUCAUUGCGCCCAUUUGUUAGAAGCACCGUGAAUCGCAUGAAUGCUGUUCGUGGACAAUGUAGAAACAGCUCCUACGGUCAUCAUGGACCUCCAGCAGAUUAUGUUCCUCCAUCCAUGAAUGAGCUACCAACUCCACAAGGAUCCUGGCAAGCUAAACACGAUGCCCGCCAAAGGAAAUAUAAUGCAACCCUUCUUGCUGGCGUUGGUGUCUUUACUGGAACUCUCAUUUUUAUGAAAGCAACAGGGUUCGACUUCCACUACUAUCCACCAGCGUCUUAUGAAUAAAUUAAUAAAUUGCAAAUAUUUGUGUAGUAACUAAGAAAUAAAUGUCAAUACAAUA